AUGGGACAACAUUUGGAAUGGCUGUUCGGAAAAUUACCCCUGUUGUGUAUAAUUAUAUUCUUUGAUUCCCUCAACUGUGCUAAAGGUCACUAUGAAGAAACAGGAAAAUUUAAGGGAAUCUCCUUUUUCUACCGCCACUUUGAUUGCCUUGUGACCUAUUAUUAUGGAGGACACAAGGUCCAUAGUAUACUGGAUAAAGAGGGUCAGUAUCUGGAUAAUAUCACAGCACAGUUCUUUGCAUUUGGCAAAUCAUUUGUGGUAGACUUACAUCUAAACAAGAAGCUUUUCUCUGGAGCUUAUGUUGAAAAAGUGUUUCACUCUCAUGGACAGAGUGCAGAAACAAAUCAUAUAUCACGUAGGAGGAACCAUUGCUAUUACCAUGGAAAGUUGCGAUUUUUCCCAGAGUCUGAGGCAGCAUUGAGCACAUGUGAUGGGCUGAGGGGUUAUAUCACUAACAGACUGGACACAUAUCAUAUAGAGCCGAUCAAUGGAAGUAUUCAUAGAGUGUACCGAAGCUCAGACCAGAGGCAUCUACCCUUUAAAUGUGGAACAGAAGGUCAUGACCCAAGACUGCACAGCCAUCAGUUUGUUGUUGGAAGACAUAAAAGGAGCAUUCAGGCGCCCUAUGAUAGCAAUAGCAACACUCGCUAUGUUGAGCUGUAUCUGGUGAAUGACUAUAGAACAUUUGAGCGCCAUGGCAAAGUCGCUGAUAUUGUUAUCAAGAGGUCUCAAGAUAUUGCCAACAUAGUUAGCAGUUUAUACAGACAGCUGAACAUUUAUGUAGUCCUAGUUGGUGUAGAAGUCUGGGCUGGAGGGGACUUAGUUAGCAUCACCACCAGUGCUGACAACACUAUGGAGAACUUUCUCCGCUACCGCAAGGAAAGAAUCAAUCCUUAUCACCAUAAUGACAAUGCACAACUCAUCACGGGAGUGUUCUUUGAUCAUGGUGUAGUAGGCAAGGCGAUAAAAGGUCCAAUAUGCACACACCAGUUUUCAGGUGGUGUUAAUAUGGAUUAUGGAGGUCUUGUGAAUCUGGUAGCUACUACUGUGGCACAUGAAAUGGGACAUAAUUUUGGCAUGGAACAUGAUAAUGAUACCAUGUGUGAGUGUAGGGAUGAUAAGUGCAUAAUGGCGGCCACAAGUGGACAAAUUAGCCCUCGGAGGUGGUCAUCUUGCUCCCAGAAUGCAUUGGCUGAAGCCUUUGAUCUAGGCAUGGACUACUGUCUGCGCAACCUUCCAGCCAGUAUCUAUGAUGGUCCAAUCUGCGGUAAUGGAUUCAAGGAGGAUGGAGAGGAGUGUGACUGUGGCCUUCCUCAGGAUUGCACCAACCGCUGCUGUAAUGCUUCAUCCUGCACUCUACAUCCACUUGCUAAAUGUGCUACAGGACGAUGUUGUGAUCUUGAUACAUGCAAG